GUGAGAGAGAGAGAGAGCAUGUGUGUGACAGAGGUUAAGUAGAAAGCAAAAGCAAGUGUGUGAGAGAGACAGAGAACGUGAAGGAGAGAGAAACACAAAAGAAAAGGAGCACGCCGUGCUUGAAGGGUUAUCUUCUACAAAGCAGACCAACUGGCGCUUUGGGAAUUGUGUGUGUCAUCCUGAGAAAUCUGUGCGUGGCAUUACUGUCACACACAUACACAUCCACUAAACUGGCAGACAAUCUGAGAUCUGAGAGAUUACUGACUAGGUCCCCUGCAGAUGACAUGCAGUCUCAGAAAAGAGUGGAGGUGUAUGACCAUCUGAAUGGCUCACGGAUAAUUUUCUCAGAUAAGGCUCUUCCCAGCAGUGGAGUGAACCAGCAAUUCAUGACUCCAGAUAUGACACCAGAAGUUGUAGUGAUCUCUCCUGGUCUUCCUACACCUCCCUUAAGUCCAUUCCACAGCAGUUCAGCUCCUGCAUCUUUACAACACAAGGUUUCUGAGGUCAAUGGAGGUGGAUUCCCAACACGCAGUUUCGGAUCAUACUACGGUCCUACACAGACAAACAAUGGAUUGUCUAAUGGUGGAAUGAAAAGUGGAGGCUCUGCCACGUUGCCCCGGACUUCUGCCCCACGAGAGGAGCGACUGAUAAAGUUCUCUGGAAUCGGCCCUGUAGAUGAAACAGGGAUGCCAAUUGCAUCUCGAUCUAGUGUAAACAAGCCCAAGGACUGGUACAGGAGCAUGUUCAGACAAAUCCAUAAGAAACCAGAAGAGCCUGAGCUUGACUGGAGGGAACGAAGGUUGUCGUCGUCUUCUUCCUCAGACUCUGCCCAGCAGGAUAGGCAUUCAGAUCCCUUCACGUUUACCCAGCACGGAGCCCUGCCCGACUGGGCUGAUCUGGGCGACAUAGGGAAGCAUCCAGAGCCGAAGAGCAUUUUUGACUUUGAGCCUGGAAAAGGAGCAACGGUGGAGGAUCGUACUCAGUCACUGAGGCCUGAGUCACACUUACCCUUAAAUCACACAUCGGUGAAACCCAAGUCCCCCUCCAUAGAGGCGACACUGGUGUCGGAGCUGUGUCGUUUUGAGGCGGAGCUGGACUCAGACAUUCGUGGUCUGGAGAGAAAACUGUCACAGAAACAGCUGCAGCGGCGAGGCAGGGGUGAGGGAAGUAAACCCAACACAACAAGCUCAGGGACACAAGAGAAAAGACAGGAGAACUGCUCUCCCAUAAUUCCCUGUUCCGCUGUAAAGCAGGGCACAACAGCGAGCUUCACACAUGCUGAUGGAGGAAAGAAAAUGAAAAUUAGAUUUGACAAUCGUGUAACCUCUAUGUCAGAGACUAUGGAUUUUCCUCCUAAGAAAGAAGAGAGGAAGAUGAAAGCAGCACGAGCCAAAUUUAAUUUUCAAGCACAGUCCUCAAAGGAGCUGACCAUACAGAAAGGUGAUGUUGUGUACAUACACCGACAGGUGGACGGCAACUGGUAUGAAGGAGAGCAUCAUGGGAGAGUGGGAAUCUUUCCCACCAGCUAUGUGGAGAUUAUUCCUCCAACGGAGAAACCCACUCCAAUAAAGACGCCCACCAUCCAGGUGUUGGAGUACGGAGAGGCAGUAGCCCACUUUAACUUUAAUGCUGACCUGCCCGUGGAACUGUCAUUCAGAAAGGGUGAGGUGAUCUCUAUAACCCGGCGUGUAGAUGAUCACUGGCUAGAGGGUCGUAUCGCAGGCACCACGCGCAGUGGAAUCUUCCCCAUCAACUACGUCCAGGUCAACAAAAUGCCUCGCACUAAAACCAGUGAUGAGUUUCCCGCCUCGCCCCUUUCCCCUACCGCAACCUCAGAGACCCUCAGCCCAGGCCGGCCCCUGCACUCCCCCCUUUCACCCUCCUCACGAUCCUCUGAACCACAUCUUUCACCUCACAAACACUCCUCCAUGCAAUCACGCUCCCCUCUGUCACCUGCACUGCCCACCACCACCAAACAGCCAUCCAACCACUUUGUUUACUCGCCUAGCCCCACUUCAUCCACCCCAGGAUCACUGCACUCUCACAGCCCACUGGAUACGGACACCAGAUCACCUGUGUCACCAUCCAAUCAUGUGCUGACAUCUCCCCAGGGCCCGGGACUGCCAGUGAAUACCAACGCUAACCCUCAGUACAUCACACAGGAUGGAACCAGAACAAAGUCUCCACAGCUGAAAGCACAGGUUAAGAUUCCUUCCUCAUCACAAUCUCCCAUGAAAGUUGGUUCUACAGUCAUUCCACAACAACCGUUUAAAGCAGUUUACAACUAUAAACCCCAGAAUCGAGAUGAGUUGGAGUUGAGAGAGGGAGACAUCGUUCAGGUGAUGGAGAAGUGUGAUGACGGCUGGUUUGUAGGUACGUCUGAACGGACUCAAGCUUUUGGAACAUUCCCUGGCAACUAUGUGGCACCAGUUUAAGAGCUUCAACAAAUUCUUCCAAGCACAUUUUUGUCCUUAGCAAGCACAGCCACUGUCACUGCAGGCUCAACCACUACAGUCCGUACUGUCACUGUAAACUCUAAACAACACUACUGCCCCUCAUCACACACAUAUGUUAAUAUAAACACUAUGAAUUUUCUUCAUAUCCACCACUUCUUAUCUACCAAGUUAUGCAUGUGCACUCCUCACCUUGAGAACACUCUUGCCCACUAUUACAUAUGUUGGACACAAAAGGGUUUUUCUCAGUAUGUCCACUCAUGUUUUGUGAUGACACCACACUGCAUGGAGCCUUGAAGAUCCUUCAAAAAAACAUUUAUAUAAAAAAGCACCAGAGACUGGAUGUUGGGCUGUUGAAUAACCAGAAGUUCUUCUAAAGAACACAGCUGAAAUGUCUUUCUCGAUUGUAACAUCAUUGUAAAAUUUACCUCUAUUUUUGGUUUCAGAUUUGUAACAACAUUGCCCAUGAACACUACAAAUCCCAAGGAUACAGAGCUAAUAUCUGGAUAUAGACAUGGUCAAAACCAUCAAUUUUGUUAUGAUCACAAUUGUCAUUUACUUUUAGCUGGCUUAGCUGACCGCCACUUCAUAUUAUAGACUAGGGUUGCGCUGUAUACCAGUACUAACGAAAUAUCGCAAUACCAAAAAAUUUAAAAUGGUACGAUAUCAUCUUGUUAAUUUCGGUACCAUAUUAAAGUAUGCUGCCAUUAGCAAAAUGUAAUGUGAGAGUUUUGAAAUGAAAUCAAAAACCAUUUGAAAAUAAUAAUAAAAAAAACUUUAUAUGGCCAAGUGUGAUCAUUAAACAGCAGAAGGAUGUAAUUUAAUGAAAUAAUAUACAGUCACAUGCGCUGCAUGCCACAGUAUGAAUAAGAGGCAUCUCUCUGCCCUGUCAUCUCUCACACACACACACACACACACACACACACACACACACACAAAUGUAACACACUACUAAUGCUUGAUUUUCAUGCAGUGUGUCCAGUAGUAUCCAUCUGCAGAGCCACAGAUCAGUGUGUUGAGUGUAUAAACGGCUGUGAACUCGGAAAUGUCAGCUUGCGAGUCACAGGAAGCUUGAUAUAACGAACUCUUCACAAAGAGGAAGAUCUUCAAAGAUCUUUCAAAAUAAAUGUCCCGCUGAAAUGAGAGCUCUAUUCAACUGAUUAAAUUAAAUUGAAGACAUUACGACAGAAAAAUAUUACUACUGUAUAAAAGUGUAAUAUUCAAAGCAGUCGCAAUAAUAUUCAUAGUAACAAUAAUAUAAUAUUAAAUGGUUAUAUUAUUAGAUUAUUAUCUGUAAGCAAUAUCACAUAAGCAAGUGUACUGCAUAUCAGCAUGUUGUAAUUCAGCCAUGGCAGCCUUUUGCCUCAGAUAAUCAGAUUGUUUUCAUUAAUACUGUAAAGCUCUAAUGUGCAUCGUUAUACAUAUAUUGUUGAAAAGUAUUAUAUUUUCAUUUGAUUAAAGCUGUACAGUAUGUAUUUAAUUAAACACAAUUUGAUCAUAACAUUUAAUUAAAACAUUUAACAUGGAAUCCAGAAAACAGAAAAGGCAUAAUUUGUAUCUAUAAGACUUUAUGCAGUUCUUUUAGACAAGUCAUUUUCUGUGUAAUUUCAUAAAAAAUCUGAGUUUUUUAUUUCUUGCCUAACUAUCGAGUUAGUAGGGCUGGUAUCGUACCGAAGCCAAAAUUUUGGUAUCGGUGCAACCCUAUAAUAGACACAACUGCCAUCAUUAUCAAGUCUGCAAGCGCUUAACAAAACUGUCAUCAAGUGUUUUAUCUGUCUGUAAAUGGUACACAGUUAAUGUGUAACAAACCCGGCAUGCAACAUUUUCUAAAAGGUUUUGGACGGAGAGUGUUGAGGGUAAGUCUGCUGCAGAAUUGAGUUUGAUAUCUUGAGCUGGGUUCCAACCAAACUUCUUUAAACCAGGUCUUGGACUCAAAGCCUAUUUAAAUCAAUGCUUUAUUUUAUUGGCUGUAUGAAUAAGAUAAUUUUAGCACAUGCAUACUGAAUUCAUUAAAAUUACAUGAUGCAUCAUACUAUAUAUUUCAAUCAUGUGCCCUAGCUUGUGAUUCUAAGAGUAAAAAAUGACAUUUUCAAAACCUGUUCCUAAACACGAAGUCAUCUGUUUUAUGUCAGAGGCAAUUUGCACAGGAAUCAGAUGAUUUUUUCUGUGGGUUUAAGUUAGUCAUACAAAUUGUUGUUGAAGGUGCCAUACAGUAUUAAUUCUAUUAAUUUGAAUCCUGUAUUAUCAGCUCACUUUGACGUUUGUCUUUAACUUCCUGUGAACUGAAGUAGCUGACUGCAUUAUGUUGUACAGAUUGAGUUGUUAUCACACAGUUAUUGAAUCAUGGAAAAAGAUAAUAUAUUUUUAUUGCCCACACAAUGUAUUGCAGUAUGUAAGGGACUCACAGAAUUGUGAUAAUGAUCAAUAAAUGGUAAAAAAAAAAAAAA